UCAUCAAACUUCUCAGAGUGAGACAAUGGCUUCUCUCACUACCCUUUAGCUCCAUCCUCAAUCAAAAAACAAUCAAAACCCAAAACCCUAAUCACUCUUCUCUGCUGAAUUCGAUUACAAACAUGGCCACCCCAAAACCCCAGAGGUCCAAGGAGGAGGUGGAAGACAUCAUCCUCCGCAAAAUCUUCCAGGUCACCCUGACGGAGCCGCCGCCGACCGCCGACCCCAAAUCCCCCGUCGUCUACCUCGAGAUGACCGCCGCCGAGAUUCUCAGCGAGGGCAAGCCGAUGAGGCUCACGCGCGACCUCAUGGAGUCGAUCCUCAUCGACCGCCUCAUGGGCAACUUCUCCGCCGCCGCCGAGCCGCCGUUCCAGUACCUCGUCGGCUGCUACCGCCGCGCCCACGACGAGAGCCGCAAGAUCACCGCCAUGAAAGACAAGAACAUCAAGGCCGACAUGGAGUCCCUCACCAAACAAGCCAAAAAGCUCUCGGUCUCCUACUGCAGGAUCCAUUUGGGCAACCCGGACUCGUUUCCGAGCUCGGGUUCGGAUCCGGCAACCGGGUCGCCGUUACUGCCGUUGCUCUUUUCUGAAGUGGCGAGCUCGGUGGGCGGUUUCGGUAGUGGCUCCACUAGUAGUGGGGCCCAGUGUCCUCCGGGUUUUUUGGAUGAGUUUUUUAAGGACGCGGAUUUCGAUACCUUGGACCCGAUUUUUAAGGCGCUGUAUGAAGAGCUGAGGGAGAUUGUUCUUAAGGUUUCGGCGUUGGGGAACUUUGCUCAGCCGUUGAGGGCUUUGUUGUACUUGGUUAGCAUUCCGGCUGGGGCUAAGAGUCUGGUGAAUCACCCGUGGUGGAUUCCGAAAGGGGUUUACUUGAAUGGGAGGGUUAUUGAGAGGACUAGUAUUUUGGGCCCUUUUUUCCAUGUUAGUGCAUUGCCUGAUCAUCCUAUUUUCAAGAGCCAGCCCGAUGUCGGGCAGCAGUGUUUUUCAGAGAACACUAAGGAAAGUGAGAUGCGGAUUUCGUACACCACGAUAAAGACAUAUAUGAAUGAUUUAUAUGAAGGCCUUGCGGAAGUUCUCCGCACACUAUUAAAAAAUCCGGAGACUCGUGAGAAUGUUCUUGAGUAUCUUGCUGAGGUUAUCAACAAAAACUCAUCAAGGGCUCAUAUUCAGGUCGAUCCUCUCUCUUGUGCGAGUUCUGGCAUGUUUGUCAAUCUCAGUGCUGUCAUGCUGCGACUUUGCGAGCCAUUUCUGGAUGUAAAUUUAAGUAAAAGGGACAGAAUCGACCCAAAAUAUGUAUUCUAUGGUAACCGUUUGGAGUUAAGAGGUUUGACUGCUCUGCAUGCAUCAUCUGAAGAAGUUACUGAAUGGAUCAACAAAGAUAGUCUAGGGAAUGCUGGUGGUGAUGGUCAAAAUCGUCUUACACAAUCCCAAGAAGCCACCAGUUCUGGCACUAAUAUCUCUCAACCUUCUAAUGUGAAGCUGGGCGGCCAAAAAUCAAAAUAUACAUUUAUAUGUGAAUGCUUCUUCAUGACUGCAAGGGUGCUUAAUCUGGGUUUAUUGAAAGCAUUUUCUGACUAUAAGCAUCUAGUACAGGACAUGCAGAGGUCUGAAGAUACACUAAAAGCCUUAAAAAACCAGGCGCCUUCUCCUCAAUUGAAGAUUGAUAUAGCUCGCCUUGAGAAAGAAUUAGAGUUGUAUAAACAGGAAAAGCGUUGUCAUGAAGCUCAAAUACUUACGGAUGAACCACUCUUAGAGAGGGCUCUUUCAUUCUACCGGUUGAUGGUGGUAUGGCUGGUUCGCUUGGUUGGUGGAUUUAAAAUGCCUCUGCCAUCAACUUGCCCUGUUGAACUUGCAUCUAUGCCAGAACAUUUUGUGGAAGAUGCAAUGGAGUUGCUUAUAUUUGCUUCGCGGAUGCCAAAAGCAUUUCAUGGGAUCAUGUUGGAUGAAUUUAUGAACUUCAUUAUAAUGUUCAUGGCAAGUCCAGAAUAUAUCCGGAAUCCAUAUCUAAGAGCAAAGAUGGUUGAAGUCCUGACCUGCUUGAUGCCUCGUCCAGGUCAUCAACCAACUGCUGUCACAGCUGCUGCUACGAGCUUGUUCGAAGGGCACCAACUGUCUCUCGAGUAUCUUGUGAGGAAUCUCUUGAAACUCUAUGUCGACAUUGAGUUUACUGGUUCUCAUACACAGUUCUAUGACAAGUUUAACAUCCGCCAUAAUAUUGCCGAACUUCUUGAAUAUCUUUGGCAAGUCCCCAGUCAUCAGAAUGCAUGGAAACAGAUUGCUAGGGAAGAGGAGAAAGGCGUAUAUUUGAAUUUCUUGAACUUCUUGAUCAAUGAUAGUAUAUAUCUUCUGGAUGAAAGUCUUAACAAGAUUCUUGAGCACAAAGAACUGGAAGCUGAGAUGUCAAACACUGCAGAAUGGGAGCGUAGACCUGCUCAAGAGAGGCAGGAGAGAACCCGCCUGUUCCGCUCUCAAGAAAAUAUCAUUCGAAUUGAUAUGAAGUUAGCGAAUGAAGAUGUGAGUAUGUUGGCAUUUACUACAGAACAAAUUACAGCUCCUUUUCUACUUGCUGAGAUGGUCGAAAGGGUGGCAAGCAUGCUCAAUUACUUUUUGUUGCAAUUAGUAGGUCCUCAAAGGAAAUCUCUUAGUCUGAAAGACCCUGAGAAGUAUGAGUUCCGUCCAAAGCAAUUGCUUAAGCAGAUUGUGUAUAUUUAUGUUCAUCUAGCAAGAGGUGAUAAGGAAAAUAUCUUCCCAGCUGCCAUCUCAAAGGAUGGCCGAUCUUACAAUGAGCAGUUGUUUAGUGCUGCUGCAGAUGUCCUAAUAAGAAUUGGUGAAGAUGGGAAGGUCAUACAGGAGUUCAUUGAGCUCGGUUCAAAAGCCAAGGUUGCUGCAUCUGAGGCCAUGGACGUCGAAGCUGUUCUUGGGGAUAUACCUGAUGAAUUCCUUGACCCAAUUCAGUACACUUUGAUGAAGGAUCCAGUUAUCUUACCGUCUUCAAGAAUGACGGUAGACCGACCCGUCAUACAAAGGCAUCUCCUUAGCGAUAGUAGUGAUCCAUUCAAUCGUUCCCAUCUUACUGCGGACAUGUUGAUACCAGAUGAUGAAUUGAAGGCAAAAAUACAAGACUUUAUUAGGUCGCAAGAGUUGAAGCGCAGGGAAAGCCUGAGCAUGCAGAGCGACAAGGCAACAAUACACACCACAUCUAGUGAAAUGCUAAUUGAUUAGAUCAUUAGAACCUUGUUAAUAUAAUAUUAGCUGCUGAGGUGGUGAUUGUGAUUAAGUGAUGAACGAAGCAAGUGAUCAUAUGGGUAAUUUUAUUUUGUAUACCUACAAUUACUGAUCUGUAAAGUUAUGUAAAUUUAUCAAUACGUUGGCAUCUGUUAUGGUGGUAGCUUUUUUUUUCCGAUGACGGCAUUUAUACUAUUGAAACUGCUGAUGUAAUGGAGUCUUUUAGAAUUUGACAACUUGUGAUUGAAAACAUAAGAAACUUUAA